AUGGUCGUCUUCAACCUCACCAACAACAACGGGGAAGGACCCUACAUCCGCCUCCCCGCGCCCCAUUCGCACAUCAUCAUCACCCCUCCCCGUUCUCUUCCACAACCAGAAGGAGAAGAAAAUGCAAUAUACCCACCGCAACCCGACAUUGACGCCUCUGUGGCCGCCCUCAAUGAUGACAGGGUACACCCCUACCUCGAAUCCCCACCAUACCCAUACAAACGCGAACAGGCCGUGACUUUUCAUCGAAUGAUGUACGAUGAAUGUCAACGCAUCCUCCAACACCCACAGCAAGAAUUAUACAAUGGCUGCCCCUUUCGCGAUAUCCGCGACACCUCUUUAAACGCCGACGACGGGAGUGUAGCUGAAGCACCCAAAGUAGGCGACAUACUAAUCAGUCGCUACCCUUUCUACGAAUUCCCGCCGGACAGUGAAGCUAGAUCAAAAGCGCAAGCGUAUAAUGCCUCGCUGGCCGUGGGCCAUGAGGAUUUGGUUUGGGGGAUUGGAUUCUGGCUAUCGCCAUCCCACCACGGGAAAGGGAUCAUGAGCGCCGUCCUCAACACUUUAAUUACAGAAUGGCUAAUCCCAAAAAUGAACGUGCAUAUUCUAAGAAGUAGUGCGCUGGUAGGUAACGAGGGAUCGGUGCGCGUGCAUGAGAAAUGCGGGUUUGUCGUUGAGCAGAUUAUUGAGAAGGGGACAAGGGAUAUGCCUUCGUACAAAUUUGGGGGUGGUGGGAAGAGGGAUAUUUAUGUUUUGAAGUGGGUGAAGCCUGAAUAG